GUAAUCGAAUUAGUAAUUAGGGUGACAAUAACUAGCAGAAACAUAAGAGCGACAAGGAGGUCGGGGAAUGAACCAAAAGUAGAGACAAAACUAGUAAUUACUCAUUAAGAUUGGUUGAUAUCGAUACCCAUUAUAGUAAUUUUUUUAAAGUAUUUUCUAUUAUCAAAACAGGGAACCGGUAAACUUGAGAUUGUUCAUUCGGUUUAUGUUUCCUACCAUAUAUUUUUAGGUUCUUUGUUGUCCGUCCAAACUAACAAAUCGAUCCGCCGUUAUUAUUGAUUGGCGUCCCUAUAUAUUCGGAGGCUAUCCCAACUUUUAUGACCAUGGAGAAGCUCUUGAUUUGGACCUACAACCCUAUCUACACCCAAACCAAAGUUUCUAGUAACAUUUUAGAUAAUGAGAAUCAAAUUGAUACCUCAUGUAACCUUAUAUCAUAACAUGGAGUUACCCUUGGUGUGUCACAACACAACAUGCACAAUGUCAAUAAAAGCUCAAAUGGAAUGUGGAGAAUCCAAUACCUUCCCAUGAAAAAAAUCAAAUUAUUAUAAUUAGAAGUGAAUCAGAUUUCAUUUUAGUUCUCAACUUAGAGAGCAUAAAAAGGAUAUCAUAUGAGAUAUGGUCUCUCUCUUUUCUCCUAUAUAUAUCCCACUUCCCACAACUUCAACCUUCCAAGGAACAACUCAACAAAAAACAGAGCAACACUACCACUCAACGAAAAGAAAAGAAAAGGAAAGAAAACAGGGCAUCCUCUGUUUUCCCCUGUUUCUCCUCCUCUGUUCUUCUCCCUUUUCCAAUAUCUACUGCUCUGUUUUUCCCAGGCUACUUCGUUCCAUGCUUUCUGGGAAUCUAUCUCAGGCGCGAGUAGAGUUUUUCUCUGUUCCGUCCCUGAUCGGAGAGAUGGCAGCUACCAUGGUUUCUUUGGGUUACCAAUUUGCUCUCGAGUGAAAGAACACUCCUUUCUGCAACUGCAACCCAUUACCCACAUAAGAGGAACAAAAAAGUUCUUUUCUUUUUUGGUGUUUUGAGCUAGUAGACUGAAGAUGGACUCGUUCAACAUCACCCACCUCAAGGCAGUGAAAGCAAAGGCAAUCCGAAAGCACCGGAAGAUCGAGAAGAUCACAAACAUGUUCAGGUUACUGGAAAUCCUGGUGGUUCUGACUGUCGUUUCCAGUUUCUCAGUUCAUCUUCCAAUCGCUGCCAAGAUCUCCGGCGAGUAUUUCAAGGACGCGGCGCUCGCCCUGGCCAGCCCGCGGUUCGUGUUCGUGGUGGGCAACGUGAUAGUAAUAGUCCUCUUCGCCAAGUCCGGUCAGCUUCCGGGACAAGACGGGAAGGAAAAGAGAAGCAAAAAAUCUGAUCUUUAUGAGGAAUUUGUAGAAAUGAGCGGUAAGAUUCCACCACAGCAGCCUUCUUCUGUUGAACAGAGGGCUGAAACAGAGCACAGAAGAAAACAGAGCAAAAGUACAGAGAUUGUGGUCAAGGAACAAGAGGUUCUUUCCCCUGCUACAUCUCUAGGGAUGGUGAAGAGCUACGAGAGGAGUCAAUCGGAGAAGCUUCCUACUACUAAAUCGAUUGUGAUCAAGCCUGACAAGGAACUGAAGCGAUCUGUGACGGAGAAGUUCGUCGACAAGAAGAAGAAGAAGGGCUCGUUUCCAGAGGAUAAUAUGAGCAGCGAAGAGUUCAAGAGUACGAUUGAGGCCUUCAUUGAGAGGCAGAAGAGGUUCCGAAUAGAUGAAGAGGUCUCUGUAUUUGUGGGGUGAACAAAAAAAAAAACCAUAGCUUCUUUGAGGCUUGCUUCUAUACAGCUGAAGAACCUAUCAAAUGGUCUGUGCUUUGCUAUCCAAAACCAGACCCGCAGUGUAAAAAAAAAAAGAAUAUCGUUGAGACUUCAACUAUAAAUCUUUUGUUUUUGACCAUUUUAGCUUCCAAGUUUUCUUUGUUAAGUUGAAAGGAAAGUUGGUUUUAGAUACGGUGUGAUAAAUGUAUUGGCUUUGC